AUGGCGACCUACAUAUCCAGAAAAUUGACAAUGACAAAGAAAGCAGCAGCGCAAAACAAGUUAAGGUCUUUUACUGCCUUAUAUAACAAGAUCACAGAGGAGUUCGACUCCGACAGCACGUUCGACUCUCAGCCUGGCGAAAAGCUUGAGAAGAUCGAACGUGCUGUUUGGGGCAAAUUUUGUACGUACGACCAUAAACUUUUUUAAUGGAUAGCAUGCUAACGUUUAUAUAUAGUUGAAGGAGAAUUUCCUAGUGCUGCUCAAUGCGAGCAACCGAAAUUGCCAACGAAUCGACGACGGAGAACAUUCGGACAGAUGGGGUGGAGCAAAAGACUCCCAAUUGAAACUCGUCCAUCCAAUUCUUGGGCUGCAGGUGGAACUUCUACAAGUCAAACUGGCGAAUCUGCCAAGCCUACAGGAUCCGAAGAGGUUAAGGGGAAAUCGGCUGGACAAUCGAAAGAUGCGCCAGAACCCCUUCUGAACCACCGAAAGAUCCUUCAAAGUCGCACAAGCCAGUGUGCACUUUCUUCUUCAAGGGCGCUCGUCGUACCUAGUACUGGAUCUGCCGAAGAAAGAAUUCGAGCAAGAGGCGACAAUUCUUCACUAGCAUGCUUGGCGGGGGGGAGGGAAGAAAUUGGUGGAUGGGGUCUUGGAAAAGAGGGAAGCAGGCCGAAAACAUGGAGCGACUGCUUGAUUGUACAAAUAAACUCGAAGAGAUGGGUGCCAAACACCCCACUAAGAAAAGUAUUUGGCACCCUCUUUUCAUCAAAGCUAGCAAUCCCAAAGUCUGAGAAUUCUCUCCCCAGCCUUCAGCGAAACUCAUUCGAUACUUGUAUAUCUGUGAUGAUUCUCCAGGAAUGCACUUUUAAAUAA